CAGUGAAGAGCCAAGUGGAAAGCGGGACGACAGCCAAAGCCUGCUAAGCAAUUAUAGAAUUGGAUUCGAUUAAAGUUUUUCAGGAGGUCUGCUUCAACGUUUAGUUUUAUUUUGGCGCAGCAUCCGAGGGUAUCCAGUUGUGAAUUCGCAUCACGGAUCAUCUUCUCCACAAAAUGAUGACUUUGGUGUCCAGGCCGAUAGUUUUGUUUGAAUGAUUUGUCAUCAUUGAUGUUGAAGAAAUGGACAUUCAGUGAUACUAGAUGCUUUAUUUUCGUCAUAUCAAUUAGAUCAGGAGAUUAAAUUUUAGGACAAUCGUCCUUCGUAGUAUUAAUCACGGAAUAGUAACACCAAACACCGUGUCACCAUGGAGGCGAUCAAGAAAAAAAUCGCAGCCUUGAAGAUGGAGAUGGAUGCUGCGAAUGAAAAAGUGGAGGCUAAUGAAACGAAAGCUAAACAGGAAAAUUUUCGUGCUGAUUUAUUGAAUGAUGAAGUACGUGAUUUGGGAAAAAAACUUAUUGCAAUGGAGAAGGAUUAUGAAGACUCCAAAGUAAAUCUUGAGCAAUCAUCAGCUGCUCUAGAGCAAUGUGAAAAAGCGUAUACAAAGGCCGAACAAGAUCGAUCUAUUUUGACAAAGAGAGUUCAGGAAAUUGAGUUGAGUUUGGCUAAAAAAGAAGAAUUACGUCAGCAGGCAGCACUCAAACUACUUCGUGCUACAGAACUUGGUGAUGAUGCUCAGCGAAUGUGUAAUGUGUUAGAAGAUCGAAAUCGACAAGUUCAGGAACAUAUUAAUAAGAUAUCAGAAGAAUUGAAGGAAGCAAGAAUGCUUGCUGAAGCUGCUGAUGCUAAAUCUGAAGAAAUUGCUGAUAAAUUAUCUCUUGUUGAAGAAGAACUUGAAGCAGCUGAAGAACGUGUAAAAAAUAGUGAAGCAAAAAUUAUAGAACGAGAGGAUGAAUUAUUUAUUGUUCAAAACAUUUUUAAAUCAUUGGAAGUAUCUGAGAAAAAGGCGAAUCAAAGAGUAGCAGAUUCAAAGGUUCAAGUAAAAGAAUUAAAAGCUGCUCUCAAGGCAGCAGAAAAGCGUGCAAUUAAUGCUGAAAAACAAGUUAAAUUAUUGCAAAAAGAAGUGGACCAAAAAGAAGAUGAGCUUAGAGAAGAAAAAGAAAAAUGCAAAGAAAUCAUUGAUGAUAUGGAUCUUACAUUCGCUGAGAUGACAGGAUACUAGGAUAGAGAGGGAAAUGAAGAAAAACCAUCAACAAAUCAAAAUCAAAGAAUUUUUAUUUUCUACCAUGUGCUACUUGUAUUCGCUUAAGACUAAAAAAAAGUGGCUUGAGCUUUAUUUUAGUCGUGGCCCUUUGGCUUCAAUCAAGCGCUAGCUAUCUAAUGCAGAAUACUUCAAUCCUGGCCUUUUACUAUUUAAAAAUAACCUGCCAUGUAGCGUGUGACUUGUGCGAAUCGAUUAAGACGUUUUGAUUAUCAAAUGCACAAUCAUGCUUACGCAAAAUGCUAAAUUGCUUAGCAAAAUAUUUUUAUUUCCAUUCGCUUGCUUGCUUAUUGCUCGGAAAACGACCCAACGUUCAUCAGAAUUCAUAUAUUUAUUUUCAGAAUUGCCGAUCAAAUUCAUCUAAUCAUCGAAAUUACUGUCGACUUCUAAAGGUGUAUAUGAAAAUUACUGAGUUUUCAAUAAAUGGCCUCGCUAAAAA